CUUCAAUCGUGGCGCAACAAACUCACGGGCAGGACGGGCCGAGCUAACCCCGGUCCGCCUAACCCGAACCCCGCUCGAUGGGUCGAGUCCAAUCCAGCGGAAAACCCCCUAACCCUAACCCCGACUCGAGCCGAGCCCCCAUCUCCGACCCCGAUCCGAUCUAAUGUUCCCCACGGUCGACGACCCCUCCGCCGCCGGCGCCGGCGCCGGCGGCAUCGUCUCCUCCUCCUUCCCCGACGCCGACGCCUACGACAACGGUGACUCCGACGACAUCGACUUCCCGGUCGACCCAAACCCCAACCCCAACGCCGCCUUCUCCGCCGCCACCGCAGCCGCCCCCGCCUCCGCCGCGGCGUCGGCGGGGGGCGGGGAGCGGCGCCCGCUGUUCCAGCGCCUGUGGACGGACGAGGACGAGAUCGUGAUCCUGCGCGCUUUCGCGGAGUUCACGGCGCAGCGCGGCACCGCGUUCGCGUCGCACCAGUACGACACGACCCCCUUCUACGAGGACAUGCGGCAGCGCCUGCAGAUGGGGUUCACCAAGAGCCAGCUCGUCGAGAAGCUCCGCCGCCUCAAGCGCAAGUACCGCAACUGCGUCGACCGCCUCCGCAUCUCCGGCGCCAACUUCUCCUUCCGCUCCCCGCACGAGCAGGCCAUCUUCGAGAUCGCGCGCACCAUCUGGCGCCCCGCCUCCGACAAGCACGGCCGCGACUCCGACGACGAGGGCAACGGCAACGACGCCCUCGCUAUCGACGCCGCAGCCGCAGCCGCUGCCGGCGCCAACGCCAACGGGGAGGUCAAGUCCCCCUCCUCCAGGCCGCGCCGCGGCCGCCGCAGGCGCACGGGCGACGUCCCCGCCGACGCGGGCGAGGCCCUCGCGCUGCCGCCGGCGCCCAUGCCCGUGAUGACCCAGGAGGCUCUCCCGUCGUUCCCUCAGACGGCCAUGGACGGCAGCAUCAGCAUGGACCCCGCCGGGCUGCCGGCCGCGCUGUCAGCGGCGGCAGCGGCCGUGACCGACACCACCGAGAACUCCAUCCUGGCGCCACUUUUCAAGGAGAUGGUCCGCGCGAUGCUGAGCAUCAGCAGCAGCACGGCGCCGCUGCCGGGAUUGGAGCCGCCGCCUGCGAUCGCGGGUGUACGGAUGGAAGGGGAGAAGUGGCGGCAGCAGCGGAUCCUGGAGCUGGAGGUGUACCUGCGGCGGAUCGACCUGCUGCAGGACCAGGCGAGGGCAGCGCUGGAGGAGCUCAGAUCCGCAUCACAGGCAGGAGGCAUGAACACAUGAUGAGUGAUGAUGAUCUUGGUUCAGGGACUUCUUGCAGAUACCUUCCGUCCACAAGAAAGGACUACUCACUGCACUGGUAGAUUUGUUAGGCUUGAGCAGCAGGGUUUUCGUCUGUAAUUCUUCAGAUUUUCUGUCAGACUUGCCGCUUCGUCUUUACUAUAUAGUAUUUAUUUAUAAUAUGUAAGUUUAAAUGUUA